CAGUAAUAAUAAUAAAGUAAAUGUAUGUUUACAUUACAAACACCUCAGAAUGCACAUAAUCCAGACAUUAAAGAGGGUCAUAGCCAAUGAUUAUAUACAAGUUAACACUGAUACAGAAAAAACUUGUUCACAUUUACACAGAUUUUUAGUUUUCAGCAUUGACAGACUUUUGACUAAUAGCUUGUAAUACAAUGCUAUAGAUGUCACAAUGCCGAAUUUUUUUAUUGUCAACAAUAUUUCAAUAUUUCAACCAGCAUGAGUGUGUCAAUUCCAAUGCAGAUCCGUCAUCUGACCAAAUUUCCCUGCUUGAAUGUGCUCUGUUAUAUUUCAGGGGCUCUGGGCUGACAGGGAAACAUUGCAUGACAGAAAGAGAGAGUGAGGGAGACAACAGACAUGGUCAGAGUGCACUUCACACUAAAAUACACCUAACACAAACAGAUUAAAGCAGAUUAUCAGGGAUUACUUGCAAAAAUUUCAUUUAGAUCUGUGGCUAAUCCAUAAUUUCAUCAAAAAAGUAAUCUCUUGUUUUUGCCCCCCUCUGUCUUGUCUUUGCGCUCAGGGUCCAGCGGUGGUGUGCAAAUCAGGAAGCAGGAAGCCAUUAGCCGCCACAUGUUACUUAUUCUUCCAUAACCCCUCCUUGUAGGCAAGUGGAGAACCGAUGUGACCUCAGGCAGCGUAAUGACUCGCACGGACAUUUAACAAAAUUAAAUGUCACCAUAUGGACACCUUGUUUUUGUCCUUGUGUGCUCCAUUGAACCAUUCAAUUGCACCCUCUUGUUAGAUAAUGAAUCAGUUUAAAGGAUGCCCUCUAUCUCCACUUUAGGUGCACAACCUUUAAUCUUAAACUGUAGUAUCUUUAACUUACAUCCUGCUUAUUCGGAACGAUCCCACUGAUUACACACAUGCACAUAAAAGGGCAUGUGUUGUGUCUGCAUGUGUUGAGUCCACUGGCUGCACUGGCCACAUCAUUCAUCACAGGGAUCAAUAGAAGGAUGUGGCAUUGAAGUUGUCAGUGCCACACACAGUUAUGUCCUUGCAGCCCACUCCUCUCUCCUACCGUGAACCAUCGUCUACCUAAAUCCUCUCAUGUUCUUUUUUUUUUCUUCCAUCUGUCCUCUCCCACGUGUAUCAACUUCAGAGCAUCUUAUCCUCCCCUCCCGCCCUCCUCAUUGUCCUCUCUUUUAGUCGUUCACUGUUUCUCUUUGUCAGCUUUAUUUUGUUAUCUCCUCUCUGUGCUGUUACGUCACAUUUAUCUUUGCUUUCCAUUCAAACCUGGCAGCUCAUCACCUCUUAAAACCUCCACAAAGCAUCUGUCCUUCCCUCCUGGCUCAAUCUGUGGCUGUUUUCAUACCCUCUACCCUGUUUGACUUAUCUCCACGUGCACUCUCCCCCUCCUGCUCUCUCUUUGCCUUACUUUCUCUCUCCCCCACCCCCCCCGCCCUCUCUCUCUUUCUCAAACCAUCCCCCUGUGGCCAUGCUGGAGAGUAUGUCCCGUCGCUCCCGCUCCCUGCUCUCCCUGACCUUGACCACUCUGGCUCUGGCCCUGUCCAUCCUGGCUCUCUGCACCUCCUACUGGUGUGAGGGCACUCACAAGGUGGUCAAGCCCCUCUGCCUGUCUCCUGUCAAAAUGAAGAACUGUGGUCAGAACAACAGCGAGCCUUACACCACAGAGAGUCCCACUCAGAAUCCCUUCAACCGCACACUGUCUCCAGCCAGGAGAGAGGAGCUGGCCAAGAUCAGACAGAGGCAGCUGGCCAACGCAGUGCAAUACAUCUGGGAGACGGGUGAAGACAAGUUUGCUUUCAGAUACUUCCACACUGGCUUCUGGGAAAGCUGUGAGAAGCACAAUGACGGGGAGAAAUGUCGCAGCUUUAUAGAAUUAACGCCAGGGGAAACCCAAGGUGUGCUGUGGCUGUCGGUCAUUUCAGAGUUUACGUACAUUGGCCUGCUGGGGAUGGGCUUCUUACUGAUGUGGCUGGAGGUUUUGUGCUCUCAUAAAGAGAUGCACUCACUCAAAAUCAAUGCCUAUGCAGCGAUUUGUACUGUGCUAUCAGGUCUUCUUGGGAUGGUUGCCCAUAUGAUGUACACCACAGUUUUUCAGAUGACAGUCAUUGUGGGCCCCAAAGACUGGAGGCCUCAGUCCUGGGACUACGGCUGGUCAUUUGCUCUUGCCUGGGUGUCCUUCAGUUGCUGUAUGGGGGCAGCCGUGGUCACCCUCAACUCUUACACAAAGACCAUCAUCGAGCUCCGUCGCAAACAGAGGCUACGACUGGAAGAAGCGAGAGCCGCCACUCACGCUCCAGCCUAUGACGAGGUUGUCACAGGGGGCGGCCUCUACUCUGUCAGUGGCCUAUUGCAGUGUCCGGACGGCAUGAUUGACGUGGCGUGGGCCCAGAACGGGAGCGUUGUUGGAAUGGGAAACGGGGAUGUACCGACGCUGGUAUUGGUGGGAGGCUGUGGACCAGAGGGCUGUGAAGACUGUGAGAGAGAGAUGGAUGAGAUGGACGUGGUCGUGGGCCGAGUGGAUUCACCUUGUUAGGGAAUCUGUUACAUGCUUCAACUGAAAGGGGCUGAAAAACUAAAUAAGGAAAAACUCUGUCACUGAGCAUGGGUCGAUGCAAACAGAUGAUUUUCCUUUCCGCCACUUUGACUUUCAGCGAACAUACAUACAAACCAGGCUUGAAGGACAAUGAAAUCCACAAAUAAAGAUGACACUGUAUGUAUAGGUCACACUAAUGUGCAUGUUUUCUGUAUUCAUCAGUGCCUCAUGGUGGGAAAGAGUAUCUGUCUUUAUAUGUACCUGCAUAGAAAUGUUUGUUCUUUUAUUGUUUAACAUGCAAAAUGUCAGGAUGAGUCAUCAAAGAUCAUUUAAUUAGAUAAACAUGAUGGAUGUUUUUUUUUCCCAUUGACACACAACAGAACAGCCUUUCCUUUACAAGUAAACAUACAAUAUACUGUAUUCUCAUUAAUCUGAGUGUCACACUCAACAUGUCUUCUCUCUCUACGACAAACUUUGGACCGAUACACACAUUUGGAUUUGGCGCAUGGACACCAGAAGCUGGGACAAACGCAGCCUCUCUGCAGUUGCACAGACAAACCCAUAAGACAGACACAUAGAGAUAGAAAGAUUACAGAGAUUUUGAAAAGUCUGCUCUCUGAUGUUGAACAGAAGAUUAUGUGUAAAGCAGUAAUCCCGAGUUGGAUGGAGAGGAGGCGGAGGAGGAACAGAGCGAGGGGAGAUGGAAGGCAUGUGAAGGGAUGGAGAGGGGGGGAGGGGGAGGGGGGCAGGUUGCGGGGGGUCAGAAUGGAAGUUGGAGAGAAACACAGGCCAGCACGCCCGCUGACUAAAACACUCCGCUGCAUGACAACAUCACACUUUCAGGGAAACAAGUGCACAUUACUUUGCAUGUUCCUCUUAAAAUGAUACAGGAAACAAUUUUCUUUUAAAUCAAAUAAAUGUUCCUCCAUUGACUUUAAACUUCUGUAGGUGUGCACACUCGGGAUGAUUGCAACAGAAAUAUUAAGACAUAAGGCGCCAUGUUUUUUCAACCACCAGCAUUUGUAUUACACCGUAUGUUUCUAGGUCAACGAAGAAUUAAUUGUUUUUCUGGGAGCAAUGAAUAAAUUAA